AUGUUGACAUCAAAAGUUGCUGAAGUUUCUUUUUCUGGUGGAAUUGACUCUAACUGUUUUAUUUCUUGCAAAUAUUCUCUGAGCAAUGGGUCAACAUUUGCCUUUUUUCCAGCUUCUAUUCUGGUUGUAUCAGGAAAUCCAUUGUAUGUCCACCCAAAGUGCAACUUUGCAUUUGGUGGCUCUUUAUUAGGUCAAGCUUUGAGAGCGGCAGUGUGCAGUGUCAAUGAUGAUUUCUUUGUUCAUAGUCUUCAUAAUUACUUUUUGAAUGCAGGUCAGCAAGGAAAUGUGGAUUACCAUGUGGUAAAUGUUCGUGAUGGAAAUACCUAUUGCAACCGUUUUGUCAAAGCUAUGCAGAAUGGCAAGAACAUUGUUAAUAUGCAAGUGUCUUUCAAGAAAGAAGAAACAGAUCCAUUCCAACACCAACAGACAAUGCCAAAAUGCAAAAGACCUGAGGAACUUGAAUCUUCCACUAAAGUAAUGGAAGCUAAAUUAAGUGAAAACCUGAGUGAAGAUCUGAAGAAAACCCUUAAACAACGGCCUAAUAUUGACCCAGCGAUAGAGUUUCGACCUGUGAACCCAGAAUCAUUGAACAGAUUAAAACCAAUGCCUCCUAGAAGACUUAUGUGGGUGAAAAUUACAGAAAAAUUUGAUGAUGAUGAAAAUAUACACUGUUGUGCAGCUGCCUUCAUUUCUGAUUAUAUAAUUAACAUGUCUUUAAUUUCAAAUGAGAAAAGUUCACAGAAAUUCUUUGUCACUUCUUUAGACCAUUCAAUUUGGUUUCACAAUAAAUUCAGAGUUGAUGAUUGGCUGUUGUAUGAAACUGAAAGCUGUUACACAGGUGGAGGUAUAGGAUUUUCCACUGGACGUUUCUGGACCCAAGAUGGACUUUUAGCGGCCUCAGUUGCUCAGCAAAGAGUUGUAAGAUCAUUAUUAUGA